AUGGCUUUGACGAACUUCAUUCUGACGGUGGCUGGCGUUAGCGCCGUGAUUCUGCUGGCGAGGAGCGAUGUGAAACAAACGGCGUCGAUCUUCAAGCGAAACGUUCGUCAUAUUCGCCGGUGGCUUGAGGAGGAGUCCGCCGCCGCCGCCGCCGCCAAGUAUGCCUUGUUCUCUGCCUUUCUAUAG